UAUAAGGGUUGUAGCACAGCCGGGCAGGCGCCAGCCAGGCCAUGGCGGAUGUAUCUGGAGCACAGCGACCGGUUCUCGGAGGCGGCCCAGAGCCCCGGGAUCCUCUAGAUUGCUGGGCCUGUGCUGUGCUAGUAACAGCCCAGAACCUGCUGGUGGCAGCCUUCAAUCUUCUUCUGCUGGCGCUAGUGCUGGGGACCAUCUUGUUACCCGCUGUCACCAUGCUGGGCUUCGGCUUCCUCUGCCACUCUCAGUUCCUACGCUCCCAGGCACCCCCUUGCACCGCGCACCUGCGAGACCCGGGCUUCACGGCCCUGCUGGUCACCGGAUUCCUUCUCCUCGUGCCACUCCUCGUGCUUGCCCUGGCCAGCUACCGCCGCCUCUGCCUGCGCCUUCGCCUCGCUGACUGCCUCGUGCCGUACAGCCGAGCCCUCUAUAGACGCCGGCGUGCCCCGCAGCCGAGGCAAGCCCGGGCCUCACCAGGUUCCCAAGCCGUUCCCACACCAGGAAAGGUCUGGGUCUGAGGAGCGUCGAGUCCAUAACCCUGACAGCUGCCCUCCCUACCGGUCGGCCCAAGGACUUGAAGCCCAAGGGUUUUUUUUGCCCUGUCCCCACCCCUGCCUGAGCCGGGUCCUAGCAUCUCUUUGGUGGAGCAGCAGCAUCUGUGGACCCAAUACUGGUGGAAAUUCCCACACCCCAGAAAACCCACUUUAGUCUUACUAUCUACAUGUGAAUACUGAACAUCUGGGCUGGACCCUGCACACACCCUUCUCCCUUUCCUAACAGGAACAGAACUGAACCUUAUGCCCUCCCUUUCUGGUGCAGCUCCUCUAGCAUUUACGGGGCUGAGGUAGGGCUAGAGGGGAAGAAAUGAUCACACGUCAAUAAAGAAUUUAUGAGCUGAAUGCACUCUGUGAACGGGGGGGGGGGCACCAAUACCAUCAUCACUGCCCAUCCCAGGAGCAGGAAACGUGUUCCCGAGAUUACAAAAGCACAGAGCAGAGCGUCCUGCAGCCACCUGGCCUUCCCUUAUCGCAGUAGUCAGUUCUUCCUGGUCAGACCCCAGAGUUGUGUCCCUGACCCCAAAGUCACCUCCCGUCCCAUCAAUAGCGUGGAGAGGGCCUUUUGGUUUACCCUGACUCCCCUUGGGGACCCGAGCCCGUUCUCUGACCCUAGUUUAGAGGAACUCAGUGUUGCCAGGCCGGGGCGGGAAACAAUGGGUCUUCCGGGGCAGGAUUACACCCCCUUCCCGCCACAAUUCUGAAGCAGCGGCGUAGGAGGGAAGAUGCAGGGACCCACCCUAGGUCUUGCAGCUCAGCCUGGCCCCCAUCCCCACCUUCGAACUUAGGGGAAGCUUUGGCACCUCUAGACAUUAGGCUGGGGUAGGAGUAUUGAGAAUGCUCCUGGCCAGAUAACCUUCUCCUCUAGGGGUGAAAUGUGCUAUCCCUGCCUUGGGCAUCAGAUCUACACACACAGACAGGCCACUUUAG